ACUAGCGCAAGACAUGCUCUGAAACCACCUGUGUCCUUUUGUUCCCCUACUUCCCCUCCUCCAUUACCCACGACUUUCUCCUCCCCACCCCCUUCCUCCUCUCCCUUCUUUCUUGGCGUGCUCUGUGAAAAAGGGCGGAGGAAGAAGCUAAAAGCAGAGGAGCCAACGCCGCUCCUGCCAUUGAUAACACCUCCAUCCAUCCAUCCGUCCAUCCAUCAUUCGAAGACACAAAAGCCAAGAGAGAAAACGAGGAAGAGGAGGAGAUAGCAGGCCGUUUACCCCUCUGCCUUUUAGAUAGGAAGAAUCCAGUUUGGUAGUUGCGGAACUCUCCCCCUUCCCCUGUUUAGCCUCUCCUAUAAUUAUGUCUUCCUCCUCCGUUUGACCCCUUCUGUAUAUGCACAAAGCUCUUCCCCCCAAGCGCCCCUCGCCCUGCGCUGUCGUCCCGACACCACGACGAUGAGACGGGCUGAAUAGACAAGGCCCGAGGGAUGCAGAGAGGUGACGGGAUGGCUGCAGCUGAGGAGAUGCUGGUGACCGUGCGCCAGGGGAAGAAGAAGGGCAGCGGUGAGAUGAAGGAAGAUGACAAGGAGGAGGAGGAAGAGGCGAAUCCGAGCGUCGAUGCCGACAAGCUUAGCUACGAGAUUUUUUCCAUCUUGGAGAGCAAAUUCCUCUUUGGCUAUGAGGAUCAGAAGCUUUGGCUUACUAAGGAGCCUCCCUUGCCCGUCUCCGAUCCCGGCACGACGGCGGCUGUGGCGACGCCCUCCGUCAAGACUCAGAGGGGCAAGGUCCGCGUACUCUGCAUCGACGGCGGUGGCGGCGGCGGCAUGCGGGGCGUCCUCCCCGGUAAAGCCCUCGCGUACCUCGAGCAGGCCCUCAGGUCUAGGUCCGGCGAUCCCGACGCCCGGAUCUCCGACUACUUCGACGUCGCCGCCGGCACCGGCAUCGGAGGCGUCUUCGCUGCCAUGCUCUUCGCCACCCGCGACGGCUCCCGCCCACUGUUCCACGCCGAUGACACCUGGCGCUUCCUUGUCGACCACGGUGAACUCCUCUUCCGAAAAGCGUCCUCUUCCUCUUCUUCGUCAUCGUCCUCCCCCGCCUUCUUCCGCCGCGUCUUCCGAGGCGGGGUUGGCGGAGGAACCGCUGCGGCCACGGCGGCGAUGGAGAAGGUCAUGAAGGAGGCGUUCGGGGAGAGACUCACUCUGCGGGACACGGUGAAGCCGGUGCUGAUCCCGUGCCACGACCUUCGCAGUUCGGCGCCGUUCGUCUUCUCGCGCGCCGACGCUUUGGAGAGCGAGAGCUUCGAGUUCCGGCUGUGGGAGGUGUGCCGGGCAACAUGGGCGGAGCCGGGCCGGUUCGAGCCAGCUGAAAUACUGUCGGUGGACCGUGCCACCGUCUGCGUCGGCAUCGACGGCGGGCUUGCGAUGAGCAACCCGGCGGCGGCGGCCAUCACCCACGUCCUCCACAACAAGCAGGAGUUCCCCUUCGUCCGCGGCGUCGAGGACCUGAUGGUCCUCUCCCUCGGCUGCGGAGCGACCGGCGCUGCAACCGUCGUGCCGGAGGCAGACCAGCGCAGGCUCCGGCGAUGGGGCGCCAAGGAGUGGACCCGGCCGGUAGCCCGGAUCGCCGCCGACGGAGCCGCCGACCUGGUGGACCAAGCCGUGGCGAUGGCCUUCGGUCAGUGCCGGAGCUCCAACUACGUGCGUGUCCAGCCUUCAAGCAUGGGGAGAUGUGUUGUGGACGUGGAUAGCGACCCAAGCCCAGCAAAUGUAAAGGUCUUGUUGGAGGUAGCCGAAGAGAUGUUAAAGCAGAAGAAUGUAGAGUCAGUGCUAUUUAGUGGGAAGAGGAUCGGAGAGCAAACGAAUAUGGAGAAGUUGGAUAGAUUUGCAGGGGAGCUCGUGCUGGAGCACCAACAGAGGAGCUGCAGGAUAGCUCCCACAGUUGCAUUCAAGCAAGCAGCUUCCAGGUCCACGUAGACUUGUGAUGGGGCUGCCCACAAGAACUAAUCAUCUUUUUUUCUCCUGUCAUUUGCUGCUUCCAGAUCCUGCUGGUUUUUUCAUAGCAGAAUAGCAUUGAUCUCUAAAAAAAAAUGAAGAAAAUGCAAGGAAAUUGUGGGAUAUUCCAUUUGUUACGGUUAGGAAAGAUACAUUUGCAGGUUCUUCUCAAGAAAUCCCUUUGUUUUCUCAUUUUGUGAUAAUCAGUACAGUACUGCUUUGUUUCCAAGCCUAAAAAGAGAAUUGUGAAGAAAUUGCUUUUGUUUUAGACUUUCAGUUUCUCGAAGUUCAUAUUCUGUAAAAAAAAUGCUCUCUGAGCUUUCUCCAUUCAAGCUCUUGUAAACAAAUAAAUGAAAAUUGCUCUAUGGACUAA